UCGAACCCUACCACCUUCGGUUUCCGGAAGUCUUCUAUGUUUUGUGUUGUCGAAACACACUCGGCGGACUAGGUUUUAAAUUCAGUAUUUUUUUAAUUUGACAUACUUCCAAAAUUGCCUCGUCUGCUUGUUUGUUAGCGGGUUACAAAGAUGCCACCUAAGAGGCGAAGUGCCGUGACGACCCUAAACAAAGAGACGAAAAAGAGACCUGAAACUUCCUCCCCGGGCAUCAAAACGAGCCCCGAGUUAGCGGUCAAAAAGCACGGAGACAAGGAUGCUGAUUUUGUUGCUCUGUGCAAGAGCCUCCAUGUGUCUGAUCCGGUUUGUGGCCGUUCCUGGAAGAUGUACAAAAGUCGUCAGGAGUCCCUGGAUGAAUUUGCUGAAGAUCAGAAAAGUUUGUGGGGAGCUUGUCUGUACGCAGUUGUGAUCGACAUGGAUGCUGCUUCCUUCACCAUAACUCAGGUCUUAAAAGCAGUCGCUAUGAAUCUAAAGCGGUUUGUGACUCUGGUUCGGAAGUUGGACGUCAAUUUGGACGCAAUAAGUUCCAAGGUGAAUUCAGCACUGACGCGCUUGGAGAACAAAUACGAUGUGACCCUGGCUCUUUACCAGAGAUUUGAGAAGACAUGCAAAAAAAUCUUUGUCGAGGUCACCAAAGCCAAAGAGCGUGAGGUCAUGCGGAGCUGCUGGACGAUGUUCCUUUUGGCCAAGGGAAAGGCCUUGCAGAUGGAGGAUGACCUGGUCAUAUCAUUUCAGCUGCUGCUGUGCACUCUCGAGUUAUUCAUCAAGCGAUGCCCUCCUGAACUACUGCAGCCUCUUUACCAAUCAUCCAUCAGCAAAGUCCAGAUCCCCGUCACGCGUACGUCACGCCGCAACCAGAACAACGCCAAAGCACGAGCCGCCGAGCCAGAGGUGGACAUGCUGCUUCUUGAAACCUUGUGCAAGGAGAAUCAGUGCAAUUUAGACGAGGUCAAAAAUGUCUAUCAGACCAGUUUCUCUGCCUUCCUGGUGUCUCUGGAUCUUCUCAAAUCUUCUGGACUACCUCAGGCCAGCAGCAUCAACCAGCAGUACGAAGAGCACUACCUCAAGAGUAGAGACGUUGAUGCACGACUAUUUUUGGACAGCGAUGAGACGCUACUUUUGCCUAAAGUGGACCCGGUUCCAGUGGAGAGAACACCUAAAAAGAACAUGCCGGAAGAAGAUGCCGUGCCCGUCCCUCAGACUCCAAUCAGAGCCGCCAUGACCUCCAUCCAACAUUUGAGAGGAGAUCUUACCUCUCGCGGCGACUCUCCGUCCGUCAAUUUAGAGACCUACUUCAAGAACUGUACUGUGGAUCCAACUCGGGAUGUGCUGAAGCGUUUGGAGACAAUGGGAUCAAAAUUCAGCCAGAGGUUUGCUGAGGCAGUUGGCCCGAGUUGGGCCACUCUCGGGAAGCAGAGAUUUACACUUGCUGUCAAACUCUACUACAAAGUCAUGGAGGCGAUGCUGAAAUCGGAAGAGAAACGACUCUCUGUGCAAAAUUUCAGCAAACUCCUCAAUGACGCUACGUUCCACACUUCACUCUUGGCCUGUGCUCUGGAGGUUGUCAUGGCAACAUACGAAGAGAGCAGUUUUAAGACUGGCGGUCACAACAAUGGCCGUAGUGGCGGCGACCCAGACGAAGCGAACCAGUGCUUUCCGUGGAUACUGCAUGUUUUGAACCUCAGCGCCUUUGACUUCUACAAAGUUAUUGAGAGUUUCAUCAAAGCCGACCCGACUCUCAGCAAAGACAUCGUCAAGCAUCUGGAGACCUGUGAGAACCUCAUUAUGGAGCGCAUCGCAUGGGAGACGGGUUCGCCUCUGUUGGAGCUGUUGAAGCAGGAGCAUGAAGGCGGCGCAGUGGAACAAGCAGAAACACUUGCAAGUUUCAGCCAGCAGUUGCAGCACAACCACACAGCGGCCGACCUGUAUCUGUCCCCCAUUCGCCCGUGCCUUCGCAUCUUGCCGCCCGACUCGCCCGCCACCACGCCGGGCACUCCAGCCGCCGCUCCGGCGCGGAGUCACCCUGCAACCCAAGCUGUGGGUCAGAACCUUCGGCAACUGAAGUCCAACUCACUCAGCCUCUUCUAUAAGAAAUUGUACCGCCUGGCCUACACCAGACUGAAGAUGCUUUGCUCCUAUCUGCUGUCCUCCCACCCGGAGUUGGAGCCCAUCAUCUGGACGCUCUUCCAGUACACGCUGCAGCACAAGUACGAGCUGAUGAGAGAUCGGCAUCUGGACCAGUUGAUGAUGUCAGCCAUGUACGCCAUAUGCAAAGUUAAGGGCUUGGAUCUGCGCUUCAAGGCCAUCGUGUCGUCGUACAAGAACAUGCCAAAUACCAACCAGGAGACUUUCAAGCAUGUGUUGAUCGCGGAGGGCAGCUACGACUCCAUCAUCAUCUUCUACAACGACGUUUUCAUGCAGGAGCUGAAAACCAACAUCCUGCAAUAUGCGUCAACAAGACCGCCCACCCUCUCGCCGAUCCCGCAAAUUCCACGCAGUCCUUAUAAAUUUCCCAGUUCACCUCUGCGCGUGCCCGGAAGCUGCAAUGUGUACAUCUCGCCGAUGAAGAACUCGCGCUCCCCCAGCAUCAUGACUCCCCGCAGCAGAAUGCUGGUCUCCAUCGGUGAAUCAUUUGGGACACCUAAUUGCUUCCAAAAGAUUAACCAGAUGGUCAGCAGCGGCGAGCGCUCCUUGAAGAGAAUCUCAGAUCACGGAGGCACCCCGAAAAUUCUCAAGAGGUUACGAUUUGAUGCUGAUGGGACAGAUGAGACAGAUGGAAGCAAAUCUGAUGGAGAUUCAACACUGUUCCAGAAGCUCAAUGAUUUGACCUCCGCCCGCAGUCGCAUGCAGGAGCAGAAAAUGAAGGAGGAUGCGGAAUCCCGAAAAGACCAUCACUAAAAUCUACUGAGCUGUCCCUGCGCUGUUGCUCGUAAUGUGAACUCUCGUUUUAUGUGAAACCAGAGUUGUUGUUAUUGUUUUGCAGUUUUUUGUAGUUUUAGAUGAGAAUAGGUACUUGUUUUAUUUGAGCUUGACUCCCAUCACUGAGACACGAUGCUGACUUAUUUUUUGACCAACCCUUUUCUUGGCAAAGUGUGGAUUUUUCACCGUCAUUUAAAUGGUUCAGUCAUGAUGCAGCAUCUGCCACUAUUUAACUUUGAUUAGACUUUUUAUUUCCUUUGUGUUUAUUUAGUAGAUGAUUUUUGUUGUAUUUAAAUCCAAUUUUAAUUGAGAAUUUGCAGGCUGAUGAGUGUUUUUUUUUUGUUUUUUGUUUUUAUUCAGUGACUUUUUUUUUUUAUCAAAUAUAUUUG